AUGGAGGAAACCGUCAGUGACAAACAAUAUUAUGCUCAGCAUUUUGACCCAAGAGGCUACUUGGAGACGUAUUAUGCCUUCAGCCCCCAGAAACCGGCAGAAAGAACCUUGACAAUCUUUACUCUGAGAAACCUGCACAGGGCCUUUAUUUCAGGUGGCCUGAAAGGAGACACCCUGAUCGAUAUUGGGAGCGGGCCCACCAUCUACCAGUACCUCUCAGCCUGCGAGUCCUUCCGAGAGAUCAUUGCUACAGAUUAUACUGACCAGAACCGGGAGGAGAUGCAGCGUUGGCUGAAAAAGGAGGCGGGAGCUUUCGACUGGAGCUCAGUGGUGAAAUAUGCCUGUGAGCUGGAAGGGAACAGGGAAAAGUGGUCCCAGAAGGAGGAGAAGGUCCGAAACAGCAUCAAGGGAGUCCUGAAGAGUGAUGUCACCCAGGCGAAUCCUUUGGCUCCGGUCUCUCUCCCCCCGGCUGACUGUGUGCUAUCCACCUACUGCUUAGAAACAGCUUGCAAAGACCUGCCCACCUUCCGCUCUGCCUUGAAGAACAUCGGCUCGCUCUUGAAGCCCAGAGGCCACUUUGUCUUCGCUAUCACACUGGAGCUCACCUUCUUCAUGAUAGGCCAGCGCCAGUUUGGUUGCCUCUACCUGGAUCAGAAGGCUUUAGAGCAAGCAGUGAAAGAGUCUGGCUUUGAUAUCGAGUGGCUGGAGACAAUCAAAGUCAACUUUCCAUUGUCUGUGACUGAUAUCAAGGAGGCAUGCUUCAUGGUUGCCCGGAAACGCUGA